AUGAUCAACGAAAACGGACCUUUGCGUGCUGCUCCUAACGGCGACUUUCCCGAUGUGAAGGAAGCACAGAACGCACCGGAAAAAGAGGAGAACACAGAGUACUGGAUCUUUGGCUACGGUUCACUCAUCUUUAAGCCCCCACCCCACUGGGAUGUCCGUCUUCCGGGCUAUGUCACCGGCUAUGUGCGUCGUUUCUGGCAGUCUUCCAACGAUCAUCGAGGUGUGCCCGAGGCUCCUGGUAGAGUGGUGACCCUGAUUGAAAAGUCCUUCUGGGAAAGCCUGGAUGAUCCCCACCCCAGCCACGACGACUGUACGACAUGGGGUGUCGCAUACCGAAUCAAGAAGGAAUACGUGGAGGAAGUCAAGACGUACCUGGACAUACGGGAGCAGAAUGGUUACAGUGUGCAUAACGUGCCGUUCCACGUGUCGCAGGAGAGCCUCCGGGCAAACAAGGACGCAUACCCGUGCUCCUGCUUCGACGGCCAGGUGCCUACCCAGAUUGAAACCGUGUGCUUCAUCGGGACUCCCGACAACGAGGCAUUUGUGGGACCUCAAGACCCCACCCAACUGGCAAAGCACAUUGUACACAGCAAGGGUCCCAGCGGCGAGAACCGAGAGUAUCUGUACCGUCUAUACGAAUCUCUGAUCGAGCUGGCCCCCGAGGCACAUGACCACCAUUUGCAUGACCUGGUGAGCGUAGCCAAGAAAUAUGAGACCGAAAGCGGAAUUGUACCGUAUGCCUGA